CUGGGGCGGAGCGCGGGCUGCCCACAGGGCAAGGACUAGCGGGCCAUGGACGAGUCGAGCCUCCUGCGGCGCCGCGGGCUCCAGAAGGAGCUGAGCCUGCCGCGCCGUGGACGUGGCUGCCGCAGCGGGAGCCGCAAAAGCCUGACGGUAGGAACGCCCUCACCGACCCUUUCCCGGCCGCUGUCACCACUGUCAGUCCCAACGGCAGGCAACAGCCCCCUGGAUAGCCCUCGGAACUUUUCGGCUACAUCUGCUGUCAACUUCCCGUUUGCCCGGAGGGCUGACGGCAGAAGAUGGUCCCUUGCGUCUCUCCCAUCUUCUGGCUAUGGAACCAACACGCCCAGCUCCACCGUCUCGUCGAACUCAUCCUCGCGGGAGCACCUCCACCAGCUUCCUUUCCAGCCGACGCCAGACGAACUCCACUUCCUGUCCAAGCAUUUCCGCAGCUCAGAGAGUGUGGCUGACGAGGAGGGCAGCCACCGUUCACCCCGCCUUCGCCCCCGCUCCCGCAGCCUCAGCCCGGGUCGCACAACAGGAAACUUCGACAACGAGAUUAUCAUGAUGAAUCACGUGUACCGGGAGAGGUUCCCCAAGGCCACAGCACAGAUGGAGGGCCGUCUGCAGGAGUUCCUGUCUGCCUUUGCUCCUGGCGCCCGGCUGGCACUAGCCGAUGGCGUCCUGGGCUUCAUCCACCACCAGAUUGUCGAGCUGGCCCGCGACUGCCUGGCCAAGUCUGGAGAGGCACUCGUCACUUCCCGCUAUUUCCUGGAGAUGCAGGAGAAGCUAGAGAGGCUGUUGCAAGACGCCCAUGAGCGCUCGGACAGUGAGGAGGUCAGCUUCAUUGUCCAGCUUGUCCGCAAGCUGCUGAUCAUCAUCUCGAGGCCAGCGAGACUUCUUGAGUGCCUGGAGUUUGACCCUGAGGAGUUUUACCACCUGCUGGAGGCUGCUGAGGGCCAGGCCCGUGAGGGCCAGGGCAUCAAGACGGACCUGCCACAGUAUAUCAUCGGGCAGCUGGGCCUGGCUAAGGACCCCCUUGAGGAGGUGGUACCUCUGAGUCACCUUGAUGAUAGACAGCCCCCAGCACCUGCAUCCCCAGAGAGCCGUGCCUUGGUUGGCCCAGCACGGAGAAAGCCGUGUGAGAAUGACUUUGAGACCAUCAAACUCAUCAGCAAUGGGGCUUAUGGGGCUGUGUACCUGGUGCGGCACCGGGACACCCGGCAGCGCUUCGCCAUCAAGAAGAUCAACAAGCAGAACCUAAUCCUGCGCAACCAGAUCCAGCAGGUGUUUGUAGAGCGCGACAUCCUCACCUUCGCUGAGAACCCCUUCGUGGUCAGCAUGUUCUGCUCCUUCGAGACCCGGCGUCACCUCUGCAUGGUCAUGGAGUACGUGGAAGGCGGCGACUGCGCCACGCUCCUGAAGAACAUGGGCCCGCUGCCUGUGGACAUGGCCCGCAUGUAUUUCGCGGAGACAGUGCUGGCGCUGGAAUACCUGCACAACUAUGGCAUCGUGCACCGGGACCUCAAGCCAGACAACCUGCUGAUCACCUCGCUUGGCCACAUCAAGCUGACCGACUUCGGCCUAUCCAAGAUUGGGCUCAUGAGCAUGGCCACCAACCUCUAUGAGGGCCACAUUGAGAAGGACACCCGGGAGUUCGUGGACAAGCAGGUGUGCGGGACGCCCGAGUACAUUGCACCCGAGGUGAUCUUCCGUCAAGGCUAUGGGAAGCCGGUGGACUGGUGGGCCAUGGGUGUCGUCCUCUAUGAAUUCCUGGUGGGCUGCGUGCCUUUCUUCGGAGACACCCCUGAGGAGCUCUUUGGCCAGGUGGUCAGUGAUGAGAUCAUGUGGCCAGAGGGGGACGAGGCCCUUCCAUCUGAUGCCCAGGACCUUAUCACCAGGCUGCUCCGACAGAGUCCGCUGGACCGUCUGGGCACUGGUGGCACCCACGAGGUAAAGCAGCACCCAUUCUUCUGGACACUGGACUGGGCAGGGCUUCUGCGACACAAGGCUGAGUUUGUGCCACAGCUCGAAGCUGAGGAUGACACCAGCUACUUCGACACACGCUCCGAACGUUACCGCCACCUGGGCUCUGAGGAUGACGAGCCCCGUGAUGAGGAGUCGUCCACAGAGAUCCCCCAGUUCUCCUCCUGCUCCCACCGGUUCAGCAAGGUCUAUAGCAGCUCCGAGUUUCUGGCCGCCCAACCUACACCAACCUUCACUGAACGGAGCUUCAGUGAGGACCGAGAUGAAGGUUGGGAACGCAGCAGCGAAGGAGAGCAUGGCCACUGGCUGAACACUGAGGUCCGGCUGAGGUCCUGGACGUCCUCUGGUUCCUCCUGCCACUCUUCCUCUUCCCAGCCUGAGCAGGGCCCCAGCCCAUCUCUCCUGAACUUGGACACAAUGCCCAAGUUUGCCUUCUCAUCAGAGGAUGAGGGAGCCAGCCCAGUCCCUGUGAUCCCCAAGAGGCCCAUCUUCAUUCUGGGGGAGCCUGACCCUCCCCCAUCAACCACCCCAGUGAUGUCCAAGCCCUCAAGCCUUUCUGCUGACACAGCUGCCCUCAGCCAUGCGCGCCUACGAAGCAACAGCACCGGUGCUCGACACUCCACACCACGGGCCCUGGAUGCUGGUCAGGGCCGCCGCCUUGGGGGUCCAAGAGAAUCAGCCCCUGAGAAAGGCAGGGCCAGCCCCAGUGGGGGCCGUGUGCCCAAGUCGGCCUCAGUGUCUGCCCUGUCACUCAUCAUCACAGCAGAUGAUGGCAGCGGUGGCCCCCUCAUGAGUCCCCUGUCCCCACGCUCGCUGUCCUCAAACCCGUCGUCCCGUGACUCCUCUCCAAGCCGAGAUCCAUCCCCCGUGUGUGGCAGCCUGCGGCCCCCCAUUGUCAUCCACAGCUCAGGCAAGAAGUAUGGCUUCAGCCUGCGGGCAAUCCGCGUCUACAUGGGUGACAGUGAUGUCUACACGGUGCACCAUGUCGUCUGGAGUGUGGAGGAGGGAAGCCCCGCCCAGGAGGCAGGCCUGCGAGCCGGAGACCUCGUCACCCACAUCAAUGGGGAGUCGGUCCUGGGGCUGGUGCACAUGGAUGUCAUUGAGCUGCUGCUGAAGUGCGGCAACAAGAUCUCCCUGCGGACUACAGCCCUGGAGAACACAUCCAUCAAGGUAGGCCCCGCCAGGAAGAACGUGGCCAAGGGUCGCAUGGCACGCAGGAGCAAGAGGAGCCGCCGGCGGGAGACCCAGGACCGACGGAAGUCACUGUUCAAGAAGAUCUCCAAACAGUCGUCUGUGCUGCACACCAGCCGAAGUUUCUCAUCCGGCCUCCACCACUCCCUGUCAUCCAGUGAGAGCCUCCCGGGCUCUCCCACCCACAGCCUCUCCCCCAGCCCCACCACGCCAUGCCGCAGCCCAGCUCCCGAUGCCCAAGCAGACACCACAUCCCCACCCAGUGCAUCCCCGAGCUCCAGCAGCCCUGCUUCUCCAGCUGCCACCAGCCACACCCGCCCCAGCUCCCUUCAUGGUCUGGCCACUAAGCUCGGGCCACCCCGCCCCAAGGCUGGCCGUCGCAAGUCCACCAGCAGUAUUCCGCCCUCACCACUGGCCUGCCCGCCUGUGCCUGCGCCCCCACCCCGCUCACCCUCACCCCUGCCCGGACACCCACCUGUGCCCACCCGUUCCCCACGGUUGCGCCGGGGACAGUCAGCUGACAAGCUGGGUGCAGGUGAGCGACUAGAUGGAGAGUUGGGGCGUCGCGGCCGUGGGCUGGACUCGGAGCUCGUGGUCAUGAGGCGGCUGCACCUGUCUGAGCGUCGAGACUCCUUCAAAAAACAGGAGGCUGUGCAGGAGGUGAGCUUUGAUGAACCUUCUGAGGAGGCUGCCAGGCCACCCACCUCAGCGCCGCAGAUUGCUGUGGAGGGUUCUGAGGCCAUGCCAGGGGCCUGCGAACCUUCUGGGAAGGACUAAUCCCUCCUACCUGGCCUCUCCCUGGCCUGGAAGUUGGGCGUCAUUUUUUGUGCAAUGUUUUUUCCAUAAAGUGACACCUGGAUGGAGACUGAGCCACGAGCCCAUGACAUCUGGAGGGCAAGAAGCCAUUUUGGUCCUUGCUGGAAGGUGGAAACUGCAGCUCCCUCGGGUUCUGGUGUUGAUUAGGAACUGUACGGGCAGGAAUGGGGGAUGAGAGUGGCAUUGUAAAUAGCAGCAAAUCCCUGCAACUAAUUUAUUACUUUUUAUAAGCGAUAGCCAGACUGAGCCACCAUAGUGAAGGUGGCUACCUGGGUCCUGCCCCACACACCUGGGACUCCAUUUGCAGGACCCUGUCCCCUGGGCUUAGAAGGAAGUACUUUGUACAAGUCAUACGUGUUUGUAUUUUCUAGUUUUCCUGUACUUUUUAAAGUUUUUCUUUGUUACUUGACCCCAUCCCUGACCUAAGUCUCACGGACUUGAAGGAGCACAGGCAAGCUCACCUGUCCAGGCCCAGUUUAGAUAUGACUUGGAGAGUCUAUAAACAGUUCCCUUUCACCACAAAACAAAGUAACUCUGAUGAUGGGCCGGAUUCUGAGGGCUAUGUUCCAUCAUCAUAGCCUCUAUCCCUAAGCCAGCCUUGCUAGAGUCUGCCUCUAGUCCUCCAGGCUGAAGCCUGGAGGAGUAGGUAUGGGAACUGGGGUUUUGAUGGAUGAGCAGGAGUUCACCAGAUCUAGGCAAAGGGGUCACUUGCCCCAUAGGCAACACUGAUGCCCUGGGAAGAAGGCACAGCCUCCAAGGGCACACUACCAGGGUGGGAGCAGAAUGUCUACUCCAGGCAAGAUUUCACGUUUGAUUCCCAACAGGGUAAGCCCAUAACUGAUAUAUCUGAAACACCCCCUGAGUGUCCCCUUGAUAAAUUAAAACUUACUGGGAAUGAAAUUCAAAUGAGAAAACCCAACUGUGGGACAGUGAGGCCUGAGUUUGAAUCUUGGCAUUGUGUGGUUCUUGGAAAAAGGCUUCCCCAUUCUGUGCCUCAGAUUCCUUGUUUACAAAACUAAUACCAGUGACUAUUAAGAACCUACUCUGUGCUAAAUGCUUUUUUACUUGUGGCUUCUCCCUCAGCCAGCCUUGAGAAGGCUGGAAGUGAUGUCAUCCCCAUUUUAUAGAAAAGUAACUGAGGCCUGGCAAGGGGCAGAGACCUAUCCCUGGAUCACCUGGCAAGAGUUAAUGCAGCCAGGCUCUGCCGUUCAAUGGAGAGUUUAAUGACUGAUACAGUGGACUCCAGCCCCAGCUUUUCCCUGGCUGCUAUAUGACCCACUGAUUAAAGAACCUCCAUUUUGCAUUUGGAGGUGGCUGGCAACAUUGCUGUGCCCACAUGAUGAAGGCACUUUCCAAGCACUGCAGCCCACUCUGCAUCCCUCCCAGAGACCCCCGCCCAGCACUGCCUGGUGUUGGAGCUAGACCAAGGCUGUGCAUGACUUGCUCCCUUCCAUCCUGGAGCUGACAGUGAAUAAAAGUGCACGUUUACAAAGAGGUCCAAUGUUUGAAUUUGUGAGAGGCAAAGAAAGGAGUAAGGAAAGAGUGCACAGGAGGGGUGAAAACUGACCCUGGCUCAAAGUCACCUGAAGUGGGUUUUGAAGGCUGCAUAGGAGUUCACCAAUGAGCUUCUCCCUAAUGCCUUCCUUCUCUGAGCCUGGCCUCCUGCUGCCCUCUCCCUUGUGAGUACCCGUCGUGGUUUCUGCCCUUAAAAGCUUCAUCCGGACACCCUUCUGUGGCCCUGAGCUGUGCUAAUAAAAUACAUAAACCAUC